CUCGGAUUCACAAUCCACGAUCCACACGGCGCUCACCGCAGCACAAAGGCAGCAUAAAGCAUAGAGCAUAAGGCAUAGAGAGUCAGUUACGUUUUCACCCCCGCUUCAACCUGUCGACAUACCGCGCGAAUACCCAAUAACUACGUGAACAAUAUAUAUAUAUACACACAACGAAACCCAUCGGCCUUUCCUUUCUGGGACGGCUGCUAGGAGUUUAUACUGGAACAUACACCUCGCCGUUGGAUAAUUGAUCCUCGAUCCGCUCCACUACAAACAUUGGUCCUUCGAGCCGGAUCUUCGCCUUCCCCAUAAGGAGAAGCUCACCCCAGCCAGCAUCGGCGGAUCGCUCCAAGUUUCCAUCCUCAUCCAGACAUGGCCCCACGGAUCCGCGCCAGCCGCACCACGGAGAGCCGGCGUGAUCGAGGGAUCAACUCGUACCGUUGCCGGGUCUGCCGAGGAAUUCAUCCGCUACGGACCUGUCACCAUUUCCUUCGCCUGAGCCCUGAGAAGAGACUCCGAGCUGUCCUCAUUAACAAAUAUUGCGGGAACUGCCUGGCCCACCAACACUCCGGCCAGGAUUGUCGCAGUGGCGGGCUGUGCCGGGUGUGUGGCAAAAACCACCACACUCUACUCCACAUACCCUCGUCUCGUCGUCCAGUCCGCUCGGCCUCAGGAGCAUCGUCGCCAUCUACAGCGCCCCACGUCAAACGCCGACCUCGGCGUCCAGCCCGCUCAGCCUCGGCUGCAUCGUCGCCAUCCACGUCGGCCCACGCCGACCGCCGCCCGCGUCUCCCCGUGAGCCGCCCCGUGGCAGGGCCCCCGGCACCAUCCGUCGACUCACUUCUACAACAUCGAAGCCUCAUCAUACUCCCGACGGCGCUGGUGGUCUUGGAUACGGGUUCCAAAAACUUCGAGACGGCGGCGCUCAUCUACCCAUGCACGCCGGUGAGCUGUAUUGACGACUCCUUGGCCAGCGCCUUCAAGUUGCCCACCACUUGUGUGGGGACGAGAAAGUGUGUACGGCGGUGA